AUGUUCAAGUUUAGAUUUGCAAUCGCUACUGGCACCUUGCUGCUGGUCCUCAUCGGGGCGUGUGCCAAUUCCACCACGUUGGAUUGGUGGCAAAAGGCCGGAUUCUAUCAAAUCUAUCCACGAUCCUUCAAGGAUAGCGACGGCGAUGGCAUUGGUGAUUUAAAAGGAAUAACUUCUAAGCUGUCCUAUCUGAAGGGGAUUGGCAUACGAAGCUUCUGGAUGUCGCCAAUUAACAAGUCACCGAUGGUUGAUUUUGGCUAUGACAUUUCCGACUACCGGGAGAUUGCGCCCGAGUACGGAACCAUGGCGGAUUUCGAUGGCUUGAUAUGGGAGGCUCAUCGAUUGGGAUUGAAAGUUGUGCUGGAUUUUGUUCCGAAUCACACCAGCAAUCUGCAUGAGUGGUUUAUUAAAUCGGAGAGAAGAGAGCCGGGAUAUGAAGAUUAUUAUAUAUGGGAUGCUGGGCUACCAAAUCCAACCGGCGGACGUAAUCUACCACCUUCGAAUUGGAUUGCAGAGUUUCGCGGCAGUGCCUGGCAAUGGAGUGAGAUACGUCAGCAGUACUAUCUUCAUCAGUACACUGUGGAACAACCGGAUUUGAACUACCGAAAUCCGAAGGUUGUUCAAGAAAUGAAAGAUGUUUUACGGUUUUGGAUGGACAACGGAAUAAAUGGUUUUCGGAUUGAUGCCACCACCAGUUUGUUCGAGGUUGAUCGGCUUGCUAAUGGACGGUACCCGGAUGAGCCCUUGAGUGGACUCACUAGUGAUCCGGAAAGUUUCGAUUAUCAUGAGCAUAUAUACAUGCGAAAUCAACCGGAAACAUUGGAUAUGAUUUAUCAAUGGCGUGAACUGGUUGAUCAGUAUAAAAAGGAACAUGGUGGGGACACGGUAGUUCUCAUGACGGAAAGCUAUUCCAGUUACGAUGUUUUGAAGGAUUAUUACGUUGGAUCCGAUGGCCGGUUGGGAUCACAUAUGCCUUUUAAUUUUCGUCUUAUUACCGAUAUUGAUAGAAAUUCUAAGGCGUCGGAUUUUGUGACACUGAUCAAUUCGUGGAUGGCAAUCGUUCCUGAAGGAGGAGUGGCUAAUUGGGUGAUGGGAAACCAUGAUCGCCCGAGGUUAGGAACACGUCUUGGGGUGGAAUGGAUUGAUCUGAUGAAUAUGGUUAUGAUGAGCUUACCAGGCGCUACCGUUACCUAUCAAGGUGAGGAGAUCGGUAUGACGGAUGUGUUUAUUUCUUGGGAAGAUACGGUAGAUCCAAGAGCGUGUAACGCCGGGAAGGAAAAUUUUGCAGAAGCCUCCAGAGAUCCAUGCCGUACACCCUUCCAAUGGGAUGAUUCACCGAUGGCCGGCUUCACCAGUGGCAGGUUAACUUGGUUGCCGGUAGGACCGGACUAUCGAACCGUGAACGUUAAAGUGGAAGAAAACAUGACGAAAAGUCAUUUAAAGGUUUACAAAGCAAUGAUGAAGCUACGUGAGGGUAAAACAUUCCAUCUAGGUUCAGUGAAAGCAUAUGCUGUUACAGAAAAAGUACUAGCAAUAGUACGGGAAUUGUCGGGAUAUAAUACUUAUAUCACACUAGCUAAUCUGGGUAGCAAAAUUGAAAUCAUCGACGUAACUAAUCUUGCUAAGUCGUUACCUUUCAAGUUGAGAUUUGAAGUGCUCGGUAGUGGAUCUCAUCACGUUCGAGGGGGUAUUGUAGCGACUAACGAUAUACUUAUGUUACCGAACGAAUCAUUCGUUUUGGUUGCACGGAUUGCUCCGGUGGAACACUUGCGCGAGUCUAUCUGUGAAUCGUGGCUGGAAAGUUGA